GUUAGAAUGUAUUGGACAGCUCAUCUGGAAGAUGGGCCUUUAGGGGAUCCCAAUCCUGCUGUAGCGGUUGGGUGUAGGAUAUAUUCUUUUGGAUGGCCAAGCUCCACCAAAAAACCAAGUGAACAAGUGCCCAUGCAUGUCCAUGCUUUGAACACCGAAAACCUGAGUUGGUCAAAGGUACUGCCAACCAGCAAAGACGAGCAGAGCAGCUCUUACCCAAGGCAUCGGUUUGGACAUUCUGCAGUAGUGUACGAAGAUAAAAUUUACAUUUGGGGUGGAAUGUUUAAUGAACAUUUUUUUGAUGAAUUAUUGUGUUUUGAUCCUGUAACUUCAUCAUGGAGUAUUCCAAAAGUAUCUGGAACUGUGCCGCAAACUCGCAAUUCUCAUUUUGCAUUUGUUAUAGAUUAUAGUAUGUAUUUAAUUGGAGGGUAUGACAGGCGCACCAAAAAGUACUCGCCAGAUGUAUUUGCUUUAGAUUUACGUACAAUGCAGUGGAAGUACAUUGCUGCUCACUCUGGCCCAUAUAUGUGGGAGGGAAUUUCAGCUUGUGCAGUCGGUCAUCGAAUCUAUAUAUUUGGGGGAGAGCUCUAUCGGUCUCACUGGAAUGGUGGGUCGUUCUUAGACACAGUGUCUGGGAGGUGGCAUAGAAUUGUCAUUUGCGAGAGCUGUCCUCUUACAUGGAAGAGCCCAACGUUUGUGCACGAGAACAGCAUCUAUGUGUUUGGGGGUACAUGCCCCAAGUCAAAUUGGGAUGGUAUCUACUUGUUGAAACUAGCAACUGAUACAAACCGAUGGGUGGAAGUACACAUGCCGGGAAUGUCUCCAAUCCCACACGUCUUCCUUGCGUGUGUUGUUGUGAGUUGCAGAGUUUUUGUUUUUGGUGCCAAGUGUCGAUUUGCUGGAAACAACGUUGACCUGCAUAUUGUUGAUUUCCGUCCCUCUUUGUACAUGCUUUGUCUGCGAGUGGUCCUUCAGCAUAGGUUGGACAUAAAAAACUUGCCCAAAGCUCUGAGAAUGGAGCUCUUGGGGAUCUGUGCACACAGUCGCCUUGAAGAACGUGUUUUGAAGUUACAACAUGUCUACAAACCAGAACUUGGAGACUGUGAACACACAUCUGGUUGCAGAUAGAAAAUGUUUAACUAAGGUUGUAUUUUAUUUCAUUCCAUUAUGCCAUUAGGUAUUAUUCACUAGUCACACUCACUUUUACUGAAACAGAAUUUUAGUAGUCAAAUUGGCUGUGUUUUUAGCUCUUGUAAAGGUAAGCAAUGUUCUUUUAAAGUGGAAUUGGAAUCAUACUGAUCCUGCAUUCCCAAAAUCUGAUAUCAGAUUUGCUACUUAACAGAAAUCAAAUUACCUAUUUUCAGGUAUAUGCCUUAUUAGCAAGCAUUUCUUGAAACUCAGGAUCAUCCUGUUAAUUGUAACAAUAUUAUGAUGUACCUAAUCCCUCCAAGUAACUGAAAGAAAUGAUCACCUGGUUACAUUUUAUCUUUCACCCUGGGGCUGCUGAUAAAAAUCAUUAAUGCUGUGAUAUAGGUAACAACGUUUGUUUGUAAGUGCUGAAGAAAUUUCCUUAUAAUCUAAAAUGAAAAUAAUAAGAUUGGGUAUUCAAAGAAAACAAUUUUAAUUUUACUGUCAUUACAUUGGAGGUGGGAGAUACACUUUUGCAAUUAGUACAUGGGGAACAAGUGUAAAUUAGAAGGAAAUAAUAGAAAAUAAACAUCAAGUUCAAAAAAACAGUGCUUAUUUCAUGAAAACAAAAAUCAUAUUUUGAAACAUGCUGUUUUCUUUCAAUCAAAUCAGUCUUAAAUCAUUUUUUAAAUAUAGUGAUGUAUCAUUUAUCUGAAGUAUUUUUUUUUUUUUUUAGAGUUCUACUUUUUUUUUAUCAGUAAAAUGUUUCUUAGUUAAUUUUGUUCUGGUUUUUCGAUCAAAUGUUUUUUUAUUUUUCAGUUUGCCUUCAGACUGGAAUUAAUGUUUUGUGAGUGCCAUUUGGAAGCAUUUGAUCUGCUUCAGUAGAGCAUCAUCAAUGAGAUUUUGUAGUUGUGUAAACUUGUGAUAGAUAGGAUUUAUUUGUUAAAGCUGAUUUCACCAUCUCUUUUUAACUAACAUGCCUUUUCUUGACUCUUAAUUCCAUUGUGGAAGAACAGAUUAAUGCUACAAAUGAAAAGAAUUCACCAUUUUAUAAUAAUAUUUUAUUGCUACUCUAGUGCUGCUUUAUCAGGUGAUUUAAAUAUUCAUUUAAUACUGUGUGAUAUUCUCAGUCAAUGAGAAACAUUGUUCUCUUAUUCACAGCUUUAGGUGCUAGCAGUGCUUGAAAUGCACUUUGGUGCAUGGACCAAUGCACCGAAGUUCUAUCCCCACAUUGAAUUGAAUUCUGCCCCCUUUAAUGAUAAGCAAUAUUGAACUUUCAAGCAUAACAGAACUGAUUUAUCAUUGCCCUGAAGUUUGUAAUGCUAUUUUUGAAUAGAGAAAUUCAUUACACAUCUCUUGGUGCAUUCACUAUUCGUUUUCAUUGGUGCUGGGGCAAUGUAUUAAUAUAUUUCACCUUUGUACUUUUAUGCAUUUUAUGCAUUGUUUGUAUAAUGUAAUUUAUGAUAUCUGCAAGGGUACCUAAAAAUAGAAGUAUUGUUAUUCCUAGUCCACAUUUUUAUUUUCAGGAGUUAUUCAUUUCAUAAUCUUCAAAUUAAUGUUAAAAAAUUGGCAUUUUAUUGCUUAGUUUUAAAAACAAUACUUGUACUAUUUUUGUAAUCGAGUCAUUAUUUAUUAAAUAAAAUAUAUAUACUCAA